AGAGAGAGAGAGAGAGAGAGAGAGAGAGAGAGAGAGAGAGAGAGAGAGAGAGAGAGAGAGAGAGAUGGGGGAGGAGAAGAAAGGGAAGGAAGCAGGGGGGAAGAAGGGGGAAGUGCAUCAGAAGGAGGAGAGAAGAGAGUUGGAGGAGGUAGAAAGGCACAUGGUCCCAAGGAAGCCAAGGGGCUAUGGCGGUUAUGGGACUGACAAUUACCGAGGGCACCCUCUGGAUCAUCCUCAUCUUCCAAAGAAGCCAGAAGGAGAGCAUCCUCUGAAAGGGGCACCGCCAGCCGUUUUGAAGCUACUGGGCCGGAGGUACAAGUAUGAAAGAGCAAUGGUAUGUGAUUGGUGGGAUCUGCCCGUCAGACGCGGAGAAGAGGAAGGAGGGAAUAAUAGGAGAACCCGAACGAUUGAUUUUUGGAGUCGAAAGGGAUGGGCACCCUAUGCUAAGUACGCUGUUAAUUAUCGAGGACUGGGUUCGAUGACCAGGAUGCUUCGGAUUGGCGGCCAUCUUGUUGCGGUCUGUCACCAUACCAAAAAAACUGGCUACAAGGCUCCCAAUGCUUAUGGCGCGAACAAUCCCCUUCUUGCCAAGUCGCUGAAAGAUUAUGAGCAGGAGCGGAUACAUAAAAUUGGCGAUGGUACCAUCAAGAAGUUGAUGAAAUACUCGCCAAACGCGAUUCGCAAUCGGCCACACCCUGACAAGUUGAACACCAUAGGAUUAUAUUCCAAUCCAAACAGGGGCAAGCACACUAUCGACUUAACUAUGAAGGUGAUGCAUAAUGAGAAGUGGUGGCCUCCCGUUACCACCUCCCAAGCUUUCUCGGACCUUCGAUGCAAUCCUAUUGGACUGGGACAUCCUGGCAUUGCGGCAAGAGUCGCGAGGACGCUUCAUCUUCGACACAGGACUGCUCGCUACUUGCGGCGAUAAACAUUCAGCCUCCACAUGCAAAACCCUUAAUAAGUUAAUAUCUACUCAUAUGUCAGAGAUAUGCUACUAAACUGUACACGC